CUUUAGGGGGUGAAUAAGGAUUCAUAUCUGAUUUUGGAGACUCUUCCUACAGAGUAUGAUUCCCGUGUGAAAGCCAUGGAAGUAGAUGAAAGGCCAACUGAGCAAUACAGUGACAUUGGCGGUCUGGACAAGCAGAUUCAGGAGGUGAAUUGUGAUAUGCUAAUUUCUAGAUUAUAUUGGCAAUAUUUUUUUUAUUUUUUAAAUGAUGUGGUUUUCUGUCUUUCUCAUAAGGAAUUCUUUUUGCUUUCUCAACCAUGUUUCUGCAGCUCGUAGAAGCCAUUGUCCUCCCAAUGAACCACAAAGAGAAGUUUGAGAACUUGGGAAUCCAGCCACCAAAAGGAGUUCUCAUGUAUGGCCCUCCUGGCACUGGGAAGACUCUACUGGCAAGAGCAUGUGCUGCACAGACAAAGGUAGGUUGUGACUGAGAUGAGUUGUGCUUGUUUUAACGGAGAGUUAGAUGUAUUGGUUGACAUUCCUUUCAUCUUCAGGCCACGUUUCUGAAGCUGGCUGGUCCACAACUAGUACAGAUGUUCAUUGGAGAUGGAGCCAAACUGGUUCGAGAUGCUUUUGCAUUGGCCAAAGAAAAAGCUCCUUCUAUAAUUUUUAUUGAUGAGUUGGAUGCUAUUGGAACAAAAAGGUAGAUCAUUAGUAAUAUCUAAAGUUGUGUAUUGUAUCAAUCUAUUAUCCUUACUCUGAUAUAUUUAUAUUUCAUCUUGCUGCUGUGUAAUGUUUUCUAUUAUUGUCAAAUCUAAAAUGUUGGCUCUUGCACCUAUGGUGAAAGUAAAGUAAAGCCUUAGUUCACUUGGAUCUUGAGUUAUGUCUGUAUAUAGGUGGCAUUGAUAAGCAUGGGUUAAUUUCCUGUGAACUGGUGUAGGCAUUUACUUACCCCACUAUCCCUACGCCCCUUCCCAGCAACAACAAUAGUAAAUGGUUACCCCAGUGCUAGCAUUUUUUACCUAUCAGUGACACUUAUGUUGACCCAGUGCAGAUCGUCUCUUAAUAGAUGUAAAGUCUAAAUAAUUACAUUUAGUGUUGCUUGCUUUGUAUACAUCCCCAUAGAGUAUUUGAAAUAACAAAUGUUUUUAUGCCACAGAGUUGUCUAUAAAUUUAACAUACAAGGCAAUCUGUUCCUGUAGUUUCUGCUGAUCACAGACCCUUUCUAGAAUGUAAAGCAGGCUGAUAAAUAGUUUUCAAAUAUCCGAGUGGGUUUGUCUUGUUUACAAGUUCUUGUUCAUUGUGUUUGGCAGGUUUGACAGUGAGAAGGCUGGAGACAGAGAGGUGCAAAGAACGAUGUUGGAGCUUCUAAAUCAAUUAGAUGGUUUUCAGCCCAACACACAGGUCAAGGUAAAAGUUCAUCUGAAAAUGUGCAGGUCUAUCCUUUCAACAAGUAAGUUGAGCAUCUGUUAAAGCACUUUUAACUAUUUUGUGACCAAGGUGAUCGCAGCUACGAACCGUGUGGAUAUCCUGGAUCCUGCAUUGCUGCGUUCUGGGCGUCUUGAUCGGAAGAUUGAAUUCCCAAUGCCCAAUGAAGAGGCCAGAGCCCGAAUUAUGCAGAUCCACUCCCGCAAGAUGAAUGUCAGGUGUGUAGAAUAAAUAAGCACAUGUUGCACCAGCAAUCUAGAAUCCUUUCAUGCUCAUAUGAAUGUAUUCAAUGUUCCUCUUACCGUAAUUUCUGUCCAGUCAUCUGUACUGGGUUAUUCUCCCCACGUCAGCCUUUGGCUACUUGAUAGUCUUGGGAAACAUAGCCCCCAGUUAACACUCACUGAUCAAUUUCCCAUAAGGUUCCUGAUCUUGUAGGAGCUCAUUUUUCUCAGGCAGAAUUACAAAGGAUGUGUUGGUUUUGUUUGGGAUCCUACUUACUGAUAUUCGUAUGCUUGGAAUGUUAUCUUCUUUCUGUUACCAUGGGUUGAUAUGUUUCAAGAAAUUGCAUUGAGUGUUGAUAAUAAAGUCAAAAAGGUGAAGUUCAUGUGUUUACUAUCUUACCUCAUCAUAGCCCGGAUGUGAAUUACGAGGAGCUUGCUCGUUGUACUGACGACUUCAACGGUGCACAGUGUAAAGCAGUGUGUGUGGAAGCUGUGAGUAUCUACAUAUAUUUUUGUACUUCCUGUAGUAUUGAAAGCUUUUAAUCCGUUUUACUGAUCCCUCCUGUUUCCUGUCCAAUUCUUCCUUGCAGGGUAUGAUUGCACUUCGCAGGGGGGCCACAGAGUUGACUCAUGAGGAUUACAUGGAGGGAAUCUUAGAAGUGCAAGCCAAGAAAAAGGCCAAUUUGCAAUAUUAUGCGUAGACUAUGGGAACAGAAAUCGUGUUGUGCUCGGACUGUUCAGUUUAUGUUACUGGAAGAAAUAAACAAGACCUCUUUAACUGUAUAAUGCACUGUCGAAGUGAAGUCAUUAUCUCCAUAUUAAGUACAUUAACAUGAUCAUCAGUAUAUUUGUUAACCAAACAUUGUUUUGUACAGCUCAUAGAGACCCAAUGCCAUUUUAUGAGUUUUUCUGAAUGUACAAUGUUUACAUCCUCACAAAAAAAUGUGUUCACUGUGAGCUGAAAUGCAGUUUGGGUCUGUUUUUUUUUUUUUUUUUAGAAUAGCGAAACUAUAUGAUUCCAUUGACAGGCCCCUGGGAGAUUAGAAUUCAUCAUUCUUGCCUUACCGUUGCUGAGACACCUGCUAUUUGAGCAUUUUUUUUUCAGAACCUCAGUAACCUUCUUCAUUAAAUAGAAAUAAAUGUGCUCUAGAGCAGUCUAAGAAAAAAUACUAUUUAAAAUCUGUGUAAAAAUAUGGAACAUGACAUACACCGGAAGUAAUGUUACAAACACUUUAAAGGUUUUGACAGCACUUGAAACCGCAGUUUGCCUGCACUGUUUAUUUCUGGAGAUUUGUUUUAAGUUUGAAAAAUAGUCUGAUGUGCAUUGAUAUCUUUUGAUGUGUCAGGUAGGGCAAAGAUCCUCAGGGUAAAUUAGAUGUUGCAUAGAAUGUGAUGGUUCCUCCCCAUUGUCUAAAGCAGCAGUGCUCAUUAUUGUUUCCCUCAUGUCCAUGUAUGGUUUAAAUUGUAAAUAAAGAGACUGUCUAGCGUGCUUCCACAGUAAGACGUCAAACCAGUUUUGAACAUUUUGAAAUUCUCUUAAUGGGACACUAUAGUCACCCAGACCACUUCAGCUUAAUGAAGUGGUCUGGGUGCCAGGUCCCUCUAGGGUUAACCCUGGCUGCUAUGUUUACAUUUGGGGUUAAGCCAGCCUCUAGUGGCUGUCUUCCGGACAGCCACUAGAGGCGCAUCUGCGACACUGGAGGCAUAUUAUGCCUCCAUCACGCAGAGCGUCCAUAGGAAAGCAUAGAAAAAUGUUUUCCUAUGGACACUUUGAAUGCGUGUGCGGCACUGCCAUGCAUGCGCGUUACCCUCCGCUGACAUCGGUGGGGGAGGAGAGAUAAGGGAGCCUGGCGGUGGAAGAAGGUGAGUAACUGAAGGGGUUUUAACCACGGGAGUAGCAG